AUGGUUCUUCUGGGUCGACGCAGAUCGAUUGGGUCUAUACUGCGGAAAGAAAUUCUAGAUCAUAGAAAACCUGCGGCUGGUCGAGAACCAGUACUUUGUGUGCGAGAGAGAGCGCAAAGGUUCAAAUCACUUCGUGCACCGCCAUGCUACAUUGUCUUUUGUGACGGGAAUGAGGUUGCAGUCAUCGAGAAGGACUUGAACACUGGGAAGACCAGAUUCUCCAACGAUUUCUUGGUACACACAAACCAUGAUGUGCAUCAUCUCGUGGAUGCAAAGUCCGAGGAAUACGCUAAAGCCUCAUUUCUUGGGCAUGAGGAGUGGCUUGAGGAAUCUACAAAUCGAAAGGAGUGUUUCGAGAGAAAGUGGACCAGGCAUCUGAUAAGGAAUCAGUGGGAAGCAACUGCGAAAGAGUCAUCUCAUGGAAUUGAAGGUGGCACCACGACUUAUCCCGUACAAGAAUCGACAUUGAAACGAUGGGUAAGCUCGGGUACAACAAUGGCAGAUUGUACACACUUUGCAUGCAUCAUGGACCCCAAGAGCGGCGAGAUCAGGUGGCUGCGGCGUGGUCCAAAGGCGUAA